CCAUAUUAUUAAUAUUAUCAAUAUAUAAAACGUAAAGAGCCGUCAACCAAUAAUAUUAUUAGGAUGAAAAUACAUUUUAAUUAGUAUUUAAGAAAAUAUACAGAUAUAUGUUACUUCUGUUUGACGUUUGUAGGUUUAAUCGCGAUGCGAAAUUGUUAGACUCGUAAAAUCCCAUUCCGACACUCACACACACACACACACACACACACACAUUAAAGUAACAAAGUUCUAACAUUUCUUUAUAGUAAUAUACAUGUUUGAUUUUGACAAUAAAGUUAUUGAAAAAAAAAAAAAACAUACACAUACAUACACACACACACACACACACACAAACACACAACUCAAGUAAUUUCUUUUAAGCUCUAGAAAUACCUUAUUUGUUACCAAUACAUUUUUGGGAUAUAUACAUACAUAUAUUAAUGAUAAUCCUGAGUCGAUGACCUGAAGAGCCGGAUGCCAAAACCCAUAAACCAGAAUGGACUACUUUCAACACCAAGAUUUGCUCUCAACAUUUUGUAAUUAUCGCGAAGAUAUUUCCUGGCAUCUCUUCGUAUGCGGCACUCGUAGCGAGUGCAAUCGGAAGAGGAUUUUCGCAAGGUUUCUCCAGCCGACUUUCUCAUAGUUGUGCCGAGGGACCAAGAGCCACUUUCAAAAUCGUGAUGAUCACUUGGCCCAUCUCUGCGCUCGUUUACUGCAUCUGCAUUGUUAUCAACAGUUGGUUUGUUUGUGUUUCGGCUAGAGGCAUUUCUACUUCUUUCAGUCGCCGUUUGGCUUUGAACCAUCGCCGUCCAUUUUCAAUUCCGCUUCCACCUCUGCACAACCGACACUACCACCAACGCCGCCAUCAUCAGCAUCAGCAUCCUCAUCAGCAUUACCCUCACCUCCACCGACAUAACCACCAUCGUCAUUAUCAUCAUCAGCAUCAUCCUCAUCAUCUUCAUAACCAUCGACAUCAUCUACAACUGCAGCAGCAGCAACAGAAGCAGCAUAUUCAACAAUAUCACCACCGUCAGCUGCAACAGCAGCAGCAGCGAGAACAACAGCAACAAUUCCACCACCACCACCACCAUCAUCAUCAUCAUCAACUAAAACAACAACAACAACAACAACAACCACAAACCAAUCAACAGGGUAUAAAACGUUUUGUCUUUUACUCUGACCUCCAUCACAAAUGUCAUCGUCACCCUGACCAUCAUCACCAUCAACAUCAUCCUCAUUCUCCCCCUCUUUCUCCUCCUUCUCCAUCUCCUCCUCCUCACCAAAAUCACCACAACCACCACAACCACCACCAUCAUCAUCAUCAGCAUCGUCAAAACGAUGAUCGUCAAAAAAGUAAACUUCUGCUUAAUUCAAACUCCCAAACUGACGAAACUGAUUACAAACCGUCAUUGUUAUCACCAAUAUUAUCAUCACCCACAACCUCGACGCCACAUACUCCACCACCACCACCACCACAUCCAUCAUCAUCAUCAUCACCAUCAUCAUCAACAACAACAGCAACAUCAUCAUCGUCAACAACAACAUUGUCACCACAACCAUCAUCAUCACCAUCAACAGCACAUACACCAACAACUACAACAACAAAAGCAAGAGACAAAACACAUGUUUCUUCACACGUAACUAAAUCACAUUCUCCUUCUUCUUCUUCUUCUUCUUCUUCUUCUUCUUCUUCUUCUUCUUCUUCUUCUUCUUCUUCUUCUUCUUCUUCUUCUUCUUCUUCUUCUUCCUCUUCUACCUCAAACACGGUGACUUUAUUAUUGACAUCUAAAAAAUCUGACGCGAACGACAGACUGCAAUUAAAAAAUGAGCCGACUGCAGACGAAAUGCAGCUGCACAUUGGUAGCAAGCAAGAAGAGCUGCACCUCAUCCCAAACUCUGAUCGCCGCAAACUGUUGCAACACCAACUGCCCGCCGGUUUAACGAGUCCACAGCCAUCACCGUCACCACUCCCUUCACCUCAACAAACAACCCCAGAACCACACAUUCUUAUGCGUCCGAUGGCAGAGAAAUUGCCAGUACAGAAUUCUUACAGUAUAGCGGAUAUUAACCGUAGAAUAAAUCUGUCCAAAACUCUUCCAUUUCAUACACCUCCGUCCGACAACAAAAGCGUCUCUUUGCAAGUGUUACCCAUUUUGAAACCGCUGUUGCGAUCCUUACCCAUCACCGGUCGCAAGUCUAGACGACAAGCAGGAAAUAAUAGCCAGAAAACCACCACUACUGCAGCUAGCAUCGACAACAACAACAACAACAACAACAAAAACAGUAAUGAUAAUAGUUUUAUCGAUCAUGUAGCUAUUAAUCAAUGGAAUGUCUCCAAAAGCAACAAAAUCGACAGCAACAACAGAACCGACAAUAUCAACAAUUUAAAGAACACCACCACUACCAACAGCAAUAAUAAUAAUAAUAAUAAUAAUAAUAAUAAUAGCAGUAGUAGCGACUCAAAUGGCUUCGAUAUCGAACAGGAUCGCCGGCGAACGAUUGCGUUUAGCGAGAAUGUGAGUAACUUCGAUGUCAGUGAAAAAGACAAUAGCAAAGAUAAUGAUAUUAAUGACGACAACGACAGCAAUAACAACAACAAUAACAGCUUCUAUUAUCAGUACAGCAAUGAGGACUACAACAACAACAACAGCAACACAAGCAACAACAACAACAACUUAAAUGAGGAAAGUGACGGCGGUGAUGGAGAGGAAAAUGACCCCGAUGCUGAUAACAAUGAUGAAGAACUUGGAAAACAAUCGAACAGAGCCGACGAUAUUCAUUUAAAUCAAGUUUUGGAAAGUGAAAGUAAUAUGGCCACAGUUUCACAUCACGUGGCGCAGACACCUCCGAAAUCCUCUCGGAUGUUAGUCGUACGAGAAGGGCCCUCUAAAAAACUUCCCCAAGCUAUUAUCAUUGGAGUUAAAAAAGGAGGCACUCGAGCCCUACUGGAAUUUUUACGAUUACAUCCGGAUAUUAGGGCUCCUGGCCCCGAACCACAUUUCUUCGAUAGACACUACUCAAGAGGCCUAGAAUGGUACAGGAGUAAGAUGCCCUUGACAAUUGAAGGACAAAUUUCGAUGGAGAAAACGCCGAGUUAUUUCAUAACGCGUGAUGUACCACAAAGAAUCUAUAAUAUGUCUAAGCAGGUGAAACUAAUCGUUGUAGUGCGUGACCCUGUCACACGAGCCAUCUCGGAUUAUACACAAACUAUGACAAAGAGACGAUCAGUUCGGCAAUUCGAACAAAUGGUUUUCGUUAAUAACAGCUCGAGGAUAGUCGACACAUCAUGGGGUGCCAUUCGAAUUGGUGUAUAUGCCAAACACCUUGAGCUCUGGCUUAAAUAUUUUCCACUUCAACAAAUGCAUUUUGUAAGUGGAGAGAAGUUGAUCAGUGACCCAGCUGGUGAGAUGGCUUUAUUACAAGAUUUUCUGGGUCUGAAGCGAAUAAUAAAUGAAAAACAUUUCUUCUUUAAUGAAACUAAAGGAUUCCCUUGUCUGAAAAAACCUGAAGGCAGUGGCCACCCACAUUGUUUAGGGAAAACAAAAGGGAGACAACACCCAACAAUAGACCCUAGUGUAAUACAAAGACUACGAGACUUCUAUCGGCCAUUUAAUUCAAAGUUUUAUAAAAUGGUCAAUCGAGAUUUCGAGUGGCCCUGAGUGUAAAAUGUAAAUUAAUAAGCCAUUUGUGCAUAUACCGAAGCAGUUAAUUUUCAUUAAUACGUGUUUAAUAACGUUUGCGCUUAAAAUGCAUGAAUGCACUUUUAAUUAUAUUCUAAUAUUUUUUCUCAAAAUACGUUAAUUUGUAUUUUUUUUUAAAAAAAGGUGAAACAAAAUAUACAUACAAAACACAGACAAACAGAAGCAUGUAAAUAAAUGUAUAUGAAAUCAUACACGCACAACAUAUACACACAUUCACAUGGAUAGAGAGUGAGGGAGAGAGAGAGAAAUAGUCAUAUACGUUUGCUUAUGUAUGUAUAUAUAUAUGUGUAGGCAUAUGUAUAUAUAUAUUCAUAUAUAUAUACAUACACAUAUAUACGUAGACAUAUAUAUAUAUAUAUAUGCAUAUAUACAAGUGUGUGUAUAUAUAUGAAUUUAUGUAUGUAUAUUGACAGUGGAAUGAAUUUAUGCGUGCAUAUAGAGGUGGGAGUGUAUGCAGAUGUAACUUGUUUAAUAGCUAUACAUAAAUUGGAUGUAUAUAAGAACAUAAACACAUAAAUACGGAAAAU